GAAAAUAAAAGUAAAACAAGUAAAAUCGGAUGUAAUAAGAAAAGGACAAGCCACAGGAAAACAUAAAACGCAACCUUGAAAAACCUCCUUAAAGUCUUAAACCCUAUAAACCUCCAUCAACUAAGCCAGGUUUGAUUGAUGGCGCCUCUUCUGUUUGAGGAUAUCUUCAAUAUUACCAGGAUUGAUCCUGAUGGCAAGAAGUUCGACAAAGUUUCUCGAAUUGAAGCACAGAGUGACAAGUUUGAUGCCUUCAUAUUGCUCGAUGUCAAUAUAGAUGUCUAUCGUAUUAACAAAGACAAAAGGUACACCAUUGGGCUAGCAACCACUCUCGAUCUUGAUGGAGGUGCUGACUCGGGGUUCUAUAACCAGACCUCGCGGGAGACACUUGCAGACAGAUACGAAUAUGUCAUGCAUGGAAGGACUUAUCGCAUUACUGAUAUUGAUUAUGAAGGACAAGAGAAGGGAGAGAUAUUUGUUUCAUUUGGUGGACUCUUGAUGAUGAUGAGGGUGGACAAGAGUGUCAGUAAGAAUUUUCAGCUGGACCAGAGAUUGUUCCUGUUGAUGAAGAGAACUGAGUAGGCUUUCCAACUUUUGGUGCAGAUUAUCUGACUUUUCAAGCUGUAAAAUUGUUCUCAGACAAUGUAUUGAGUGAUGGAUAUUUGCUAAGCCUGUUUAGGUAUUGUUCCCAAAACCUGAACUCGAUUUCUAAGUCUUGUUAAGAAGUUAGAUUGUUGCAUAUCUAUGGAUUUAUCAACUAUUUGGAUGUCUAUAUUUUAAACUUUGCAUUA